AUGGGAAGUCAUUUCCGCAGCUACAUCUGGGACCCGGUCCUCAUCUUGUCCCAGAUUGUGUUGAUGCAAUGCAUUUACUACAGCUUUCUGGGUCUGUGGCUGGCUGGAGUCGACAGUCUCGUACAAACCAACAGAUCGCUGGACCAGAUCUUCAGUUAUGAGGUUCUUGGUUUUGCAACAAUGCAGGGCAGACUCUCAAUGAUGGCAUUCAUCUUGAACUCGCUUACCAGUGCCCUGGGCCUGUGGUUCUUCAUCCGUCGAGGGAAGCAGUGUCUGGACUUCACCAUCACUGUGCACUUCUUCCACAUGAUAGGCUGUUGGAUCUACAACACCCACCUCCCGGCGGCCUUGUCCUGGUGGCUGGUCAACGUGGCCUGCAUGGCUCUGAUGGCCGUGAUUGGAGAGUACCUGUGCAUGCAGACUGAGCUCAGGGCCAUCCCAGUCAACAGUGGACCUAAGUCUAACCUCUGA